AUGACGAUACCUGCAGUAUAACUGGUAGCACUGUGAGAUUCUUUAUCUCCCGGCUGAUCUUAGGUUGUUCUCGUACCGCAUGGACCGGAGGCCUUCUCCAUCCAUUUACGCCAAUAUAUUCCGUAUAUUUCUGACGGCGGAACACGGUCCUGAGAAGGUUUUUAAAUGAGCUAUGAUCUCUCUAGGUGUUCUCUCAGAGCGUCCACCAUGAUCUUCUCGUUGCUUCUCGUAUCCCUGACAGCCGUCACUCGCGCUGCCGUUCUCGUGGAUUUCCAGGUUGCUCAGCCGGCCAUUGUACCCUCUAAUGUGAAGCAAUGCACAGUUCAAGUGCUUCAACGUGAUUUUGCAUUUUCUUUCGGCGACUCUGAAAUUGUGGAGCUAGUGCCACCCACGGACUGUGGGCCUGUUGGGUCUUGGUCGGCUAUAACUCUGAAUCUGACAGUAACUUCCAAUGGAACUCAGUUCGACCGACUUGGCAUUUUUACGUUUCAAAAUAUUGAAAUUUGGAGGACGUCUACGCCAGAACCCACUCGAGGCGAUGGAAUCAUUUGGACUUACAUCAAGGAUGUUUCGCACUACAUGCCGCUAUUUGAGAUGACUGGCACUUUCAUCUUUCAGUUAGAUAAUCUCAUUCAGCCGGGCUUGGAUGGUAUAUAUUCAUCUGUGGUCCACGCGACAUAUUAUGCCUCCUCGAAUGAGCACCCCCCGGCUGAGAAAGCUGACUUAAUCGUACCGCUCUCUACCCUAGCUAACGACACUGGGAAUGACGCUUCAGUACCACCUGGCUUCUCGUUGAACGUUACUCUCCCUACCAAUACCGUGGAGAUAUAUGCAGAGCUCUUUGCGUCCGGUAAUGCCCAAGAGGAAUUCUGGUACACCAAUGCCGCCAACGAUUUCAUCUCCGAUCUUCCUGAUGGCACCACUUUUGGCCAAGGGCCUUUCCGUGAAGUUCGUUUGCUUAUCGAUGGACAGGUAGCCGGUGUCGCAUUCCCAUAUCCUGUCAUCUUUACCGGCGGUAUCAUACCGUCGUUCUGGAGACCAAUUACUUCAUACGGCGCCUUGGAUCUUCCCACUUAUUUCCUUGAUGUAACUCCAUUUGCCCCCUUGCUCUCAGAUGGUAAUCCUCACGACUUUACCAUCGACGUUCCCUCUGCGGAAGCAGACCAUACUACGAACCAGAAUUGGUUUGUUUCUGGGCUGCUGCAGGUCAUUACGGAUUCCUCACCGAAGCCCACUACUGGAAAGAUUACAAAAUAUGCUGUCGAGCCAUUCGCAGUGGCGUCGGCUAAGGGGAGUGUAUCUGAGUCAGGAUUUGACGUCGAAAUAACCGUUGAGGCAAUGCGGAGUGUGCAUAUCGAGGCCGACGUUAUCAGUGGGAGCGGAAAAACUACGCAUGUUGUUUGGACUCAGGAUAUGAGUUACUCGAAUCUACAAAUUUACACAAACGAGGCUUUGACCCAGUCAAUAAAACAAACAGCUACGGGAGACAUACGUUCCACCCAUAAUGGUGUUUCUGUUGUUACCGAUUCAUUCUCCUAUCCUCUUGAGCUCAAUAUGACUUUUCUGACAUCUUCAUUUACGAACUGGACUUCUGAGGUCGACCACUCAUACGAUCGCACAGUACAAGCAAGCCCCUUGGUGUUAGGGACCACGAUUCACAAUCAUCAGAUAACUACCGGCUUUUUCCAAAUAGCUUCGACUGGAAAUACUGGCAAUGGGACGAACAACAAUACCUUUACCUAUCAGGACACUGCCGGGAACACGUAUCAGAGAAUCGUUAAUGCGGCGCUCAAUAAUAUCACUUUUGACGAACAAAGUGGUAGUCUUGCACCAGCUUCCACUCCAGCGGUCGUAGCUCAAGCGUUGCAAGCUAACGAUAGAAUGUUUGCUCCGGCGCGCUUGCCGGGGAAUAAUGCAUGAAGAGAAGUAGUAGUCAGAUAUUUAUUUAUGUACGGGAACAAAUGAAGAAUGAGUUGAUCAAAGUUGAUCCAUUUUUUAUAAAUCGGCUUUAUCGGCCCGU